CAAAGAGCGCAGACAACACGCGACCUUGAUAUUGUGCUCCAAUUAGUUUGUCUGCCUGUCACAGCUUAUAUGAGAGGUACUCCCGCCUCUCCAUCUUCUCUGUUCUUCUGACCAUGCGUGUCUUGGUUUACUCCUCUCGAUCGCCAACUUGUCACACUCGUUGAAACCGGCAUCGAUCUCAUAUAUAUACACAAUGGCCGUCCACGCUUCCUCCACUUCUACCUCCAAGCGAGACGAAACCCUCAAAGAACCCCCCUCCCCCUCCUCCCCGCGCCCCGGCAUCUCCUGGCCCGUCAACCGCCCUCCGGACUCAGGCCCCUGGACCCCCCGCCUCGACGCCGCCCUGCGAGCACGAGAAGCCUCCACAAUCCAGCAAAACACCCCCGCGCAGGUCUCCAAAGACCUGUACCCCUCAGGCAAGCGCUCGCUCUCCGGAAUCGCCCUGCGUGCCUUCCUCCUCGGCAGCGUCCUCGGCCUCAGCAUCUGCGCCACCGUGCUCCUCCUCUACUAUCACCAGCACCUGUGGCGCGCGCCCUUCUUCGUCGCCGCCCUCUGCGUCUUCCACUUCCUCGAGUUCUGGACGACCGCCGAGUACAACACCCCCACGGCCACCAUCGCCGCGUUUCUCUUCACGAACGGGAAGCGCUACCGGCAGGCACACACCGUCGCGCUCAUCGAAACCACCAUAACCAGCCUCUUCUUCCCGGACUGGCAGUCUAGAGUAAACCCGCCGAUCGUCAUCGCGCUGGGAUUGGCAAUGAUGCUAGUCGGCCAGAGCGUCCGCAGCGUCGCCAUGGCGCAGGCCGGCACGAACUUCAACCACCAAGUCCAGAGCAAGCGCAGCGAGGGCCACGAGCUGGUGACGACGGGGCUGUAUCGCACGUUCCGGCACCCGUCGUACUUCGGCUUCUUCUGGUGGGGGCUGGGCACGCAGGUCGUGCUGGGGAAUGCGGUUAGUUUGGUCGGGUAUGCGGGGGUGUUGUGGUAUUUUUUUAGUACGAGGAUACGCCAUGAGGAGAAACAUCUUGUCGAGUUCUUUGGGGACCAGUAUGUGGCGUAUCGGGCGCGGACGAGUGUGUGGAUCCCCUUUAUAUCGUAUAGUGACUUGGUGAAGUCGUCCGAGUUUGGGAAAUGAUGGGUUGUGAAUACAUUGGGUAGCUCUGAGCAUAAUAGAUAGGUUGGAGGGGCGUUGUCUGGCAAAUACUAUAAUUCAAUGAACCCCCUUUUGUGGAAUCAAGUUGCAAAGAUUAAUAGAUCUGACCGCGUGGAACCGUUUUCAUGAGACGCAGGGUGGACGCCACGUGAUUCAUUUCGAGGUUACUUUCUAUAGCAAGAGCAAUAGGCCCAAAUC